ACCUCGUCCAGUUCACAUCGAACACCCAACCCCACCUCGUCGACCUACUCCUCUCCUUCUUUCUCUUUCAACUUUGCACCUCGCAACCACCUUCUACACCCUUACACGACCCCUUACCACCACCUUAUAACGAAGAUUAUGUCCCACCUCGCCCCCGAGCCCGAAUUCGAGCAGGCCUUGCACGAGGUCGCCGCUACCCUCGAGCCCUUCCUCGCCAAGAACCCCGAAUACCGAAAAGCCCUCACCGUCGUCCAGAUCCCCGAGCGUAUCAUCCAGUUCCGAGUCACCUGGGAGGACGACCAGGGUCAGCUCCAGGUCAACAGGGGUUACCGAGUGCAGUACAACUCGGCUUUGGGACCCUACAAGGGAGGAUUGAGGUUGCACCCCAGUGUCAACUUGAGCAUCUUGAAGUUCCUCGGAUUCGAGCAGAUCUUCAAGAACGCCCUUACUGGUCUCAACAUGGGAGGUGGAAAGGGAGGAUGCGACUUUGACCCCAAGGGAAAGAGCGACAACGAGAUCAAGAAAUUCUGCUACGCCUUCAUGCUCGAGCUCUCCCGACACAUCGGCGCCGACACCGACGUUCCCGCUGGUGACAUCGGUACCGGAGGUCGAGAGAUCGGUUACAUGUUCGGUGCCUACAAGAAGUACCGAAACGAGUUUGCCGGGAUCCUCACCGGAAAGGGUCUCACCUGGGGUGGAUCUUACAUCCGACCCGAGGCUACCGGAUACGGAUGUGUCUACUUUUUGGAGAGCAUGUUGAGGGACAUGGACCACACCGACUUCAAGGGAAAGAGGGUCUUGAUCUCUGGUUCCGGAAACGUCGCCCAGUACGCCGCUUACAAGGUCAUCGAGCUCGGAGGUAAGGUCUUGUCGCUUUCUGACUCGACCGGAUCCUUGAUCUCGACCAACGACACCGGGUUCACCGUCAAGGACGUCGCCGAGAUUGCCAACCUCAAGCUCGAGCGAAAGGCCUUGACCGCGUUCAGCAACACUGGCAAGUUCGAGUGGCACGAGGACAAGAGGCCCUGGACUUUGGUCAACCGGGCCGACGUCGCCAUCCCUUCGGCUACUCAGAACGAGGUCAGCAAGGAGGAGGCUCAGGCUUUGGUCAAGGCCGGUGUUCGAUACAUCGCCGAGGGAUCCAACAUGGGUUGCACCCAGGAGGCCAUCGAGGUGUUCGAGGCUACCCGAAACUCGGCCAAGUCAUUGGGUGACCAGAUCUGUUGGUACGCUCCCGGAAAGGCCGCCAACGCCGGUGGUGUCGCCGUCUCUGGAUUGGAGAUGGCUCAAAACUCGGGUCGUCAACAGUGGACCACCGAGGUCCUCGACCAGAAGCUCAAGGAGAUCAUGGCCAACUGUUACAAGUCAUGCUACGAGGUCGGCAAGGAGUACUCGGAGAACGGUCAGACUUUGCCCUCGCUCCAGGCCGGUGCCAACAUUGCCGGUUUCUUGAAGGUCGCCAACGCCAUGAGGGACCAGGGUGACUGGUGGUAGUCAACUCGACCUCCCCGGCAUCAAAACCGAGUCGAGCCAAAAGGAAAUAGAAACGUAACGAAAUCAAGGGUCUUUUGUGUUUGUGUGUCUUUAGUGUUCUAGUUAGAAGGGGUUUCUUUUGUAGACGGGCCACAUCCCUGCCCCACCCUCCGCGCCGAGUAGAGCGGACGGCGCUCCCCGUUCGAGAGAGAAUUCGUCCUCACGGGUCGAGCUACGCCAUCAAAUAUCAUCUCCAUCAUCACGACU